AAACAACGUAAAAUGUGAAGCAAUUACGUUCUCCAAAACGGUCUGGGCGAAAAUGGCAAUGGCGUCGGUUGCAACCCCAAUCUACUCGCAGGCCGCUUUGUGUCACUCUUCCUCCGGAACAGCUCCUCGCCUCCUCCCUCGACCCCGUCAAUCCGUUUUUUUGCAUCCCUACGGAUCGUCCCCGCUUCCUCAAUCAUGUUUCCCCCCAUUUUCCGAUCGUUUCUUAUCAGAUUCGGUACGGACGAGACAAUCGACUUGCGCCGCCCGAUCAUCCGCCACGGAGAGACCGGAAGAAGAAGAAGAAGAUCCGAACUGGGAUGCGCCGCCAGAUGAGGAAGUCGAGGAUUUGGGCGUCAGAGUGGCUUUGUCGGUGCUCAAGUUCUACAAGAGAGAAAUUUCGCCGUUAAUGCUGCCAAGCUGUCGGUGUGUGCCUACGUGCAGUGUGUAUUCGAUGGAGGCAUAUAAGAAGUAUGGAGUAUUAAAGGGAACAAUUUUGACUGCUUGGCGUCUCUGCCGUUGCAAUCCUCUCGGUGGUACUGGAUUUGAUCCUCCAAGGUGGUUUGGCGAGGAAAAGCCACAUGAGAAACCUUAAGGUAAUUGCUGAAAAAGAGUGCUUGCAUCUUUUACUUUUGUUCCAUCAUCAUUUUCAUGUUUGUGCUGACUAUUGAAAAUUAGCUAUAGGAAGAUUAUCCUUUUAUUGAGCUUUUCGGAAGGCAAAAUUACUUUUAAUAUUAAAGUCAAUUAAAUUAUUUUUUAUUUAUUUCUC